AUGUCUGCAGACCCAGGUCCAUUCCGGAACUUCCUUCCGGACCUCAGUAUCGACCGGUUUAUUUCCAUGAAACAACAAAGUUGCCGUGAAUAUGCACAGUCAUUUAAGGAAAACAAAAAUCCUCCAUGGUUGCAUGCAUUGUAUAAACACUGGCUGAAGCUAGCUGCCGAGCCCUUUAAGGGCAUUACAAAUGAUGGAAACAUAAGACCUGGGCUAUUCACCUUGCAAGAUGAGGGAGUUCCCAUCGAUCGCAUCGUCCAGGCUGCAAAGGCUGUUCUCGAACUAUGCAAUGAGAGCCACCGGCAUCAAUUACUCUACCAUAUUGACUCUCCGGAGUGGCGAACAUGGUCCAAUCCAGAAUUUUUGCUGAGUGACAAGGGUAUUCGACUGGAUGAUGCAGACGUUAGCCCCCAACUGCGUGAAGCAGUUAUGAAUGUCUUGAAGGAAACUCUGUCGCCUGAAGGUUUCGAAAAGGCAACCUCGGCGAUGCGGAUCAAUGGCUUUCUUGGGAAGCUAGUCAACUCACCGGCGGUCAUGAACGAAUACUCGUACAACUUUGUCAUGUUUGGAGCCGAGCCAUCGACCACGCAGCCAUGGGGGAUCUCUUUCUACGGUCAUCAUCUUUGUCUGAGCAUAUUCUUCUAUCGGCGGCAAAUGAUUCUGUCUCCGUGGUUCACCGGCGCUGAACCUAAUCUUAUUGAUUCCGGUCCUUACAAGGGAACCAGGAUUUUACACCGAGAAGAAAAGCUUGGUCUUGAACUGAUGCAGAGCAUGACACCCGAUAUGCAAUCACGCGCACAAAUAUACAAACUAAUGAAAGAUCCUGCGAUGCCUCAUGGCCGGUGGAACCAUGACGAUCAAAGGCAUCUAUGUGGCGCAUAUCGCGAUAACCGCAUCGUGCCGUAUGAAGGCAUUCGCGUCUCACUUUUACCCUCAGAACAACGGGCAAUAGUAGAUCAAAUCGUCCUCGAAUACUUGGCAUACCUUCCCGAGAAGGCUCGAGCUUAUCGUCUUGCGCAGAUUAAGGCUUGGUACGAGAAAACCUAUUUUUGUUGGAUAGGCGGAUUUGCAGACGAGGAUGCGUUUUACUACCGGAUACAAAGCCCAGUUGUCAUUCUUGAGUUUGACCAUCAUUCCGGCGUGUUUCUGGCAAAUAGUGAGCCUGCCAAGUUUCACGUUCAUACCUUGUUGAGGACGCCGAAUGGCGGCGAUUAUGGUAUGGCGCUUCGACCACUUCUUCCUGGGGUAGAAUAG